AUGACUUACCGUGUGCCUUUUUUUAACGAAUUUGUGCUUCUGUUUCUGUUUCUAGAUUUCUACUUUAAGUGCUGUGGUGGUCACGUGGUCAGACGCAUUGGCGGCAGCCAUGCACAAUGCUGUGGCUUGCAAACGUACGACUCUCGCUUUUUCUUCUGUUAUAACCGGCUCAUCUACGCCUUUUGUGGAAAAAGCAAGUACAACCCAACCACUCAUCAGUGCUGCGCUGGGAAAAUAAAUCUGCGAGUUGGUGGACACUACAGCACUUGUUGUAGCACGAAAAGUUACGACAGUGGAAAAUACUUUUGCCAUGACAAAAAGGUGUAUGGAAAGUGCCAAAAAAGCCCUUACAAUCCCAGCUCCUUUAUAUGUUGCCAAGACAAAAUCAGGCCUCGUGAUGGUGGGAAGCUCUCAAAAUGCUGUAAAGACAGGAGCUACGAUGGCGGAAAGUAAGUGCGAAUCCUGUCAGUGUAGUAUUUUGGGAUAUUUCGUUUGAAUUCUUAAUGACUUUUUUAAAUGCAGUCCGACUCUGGGUUAGGGAAGGCGGGGCCUGGGGGAAGGAGCUAUAGAUACCCUUGUUUUUAUUUUGGCCGUCUGCAUCAUAUAUGUUUAUCGCCGCGGUUUUCGCAUUUUGUUUCUUCUUAAGGGGCUAUAGCCGAUUGUCCACCUAUCCUUAUCAUCCCUAAGUCAAAUCACUAGUCAGACCCUCCCCCUCCCCCGAACUUGGGAGAAUGCAAAAUAGAAAGUAUGUUAUUCAUCAAAGAACUGAGGCCUAGCCUUAACACUCGUAGUGACUCCAUCAUGUAGUGUUAAAGUCUUUGUUUAACUUGUACCAUAUUUUUAUAUGUCACUUUUCUUUUUAAUGAAUUAUUGUUUUUCUUGUAUUUAUAGAACUUUCAUACUGUAUAUUUUUUAACUUGGUAAUGACAUCCGGGAAAGUCGGAACGUCGGAUGUUUUUUAUUUUUUUAAAAAAUUUCUUAAAUGUUUUCAAGAAACGUUUUUACGCAUGACUACUACAGCUAACUGUCGCCUUGCGAACACCCCGAUAAUACGAACAGCAACUAAGUCUCAGACAAACAUAUUUUACAGAUGUUUGACUGAAUAAACUCCCGUUAUUACGGAAUCUCGCUUUUGAGGACACGAACUCAAGGUCCCAAUAGUGACCGUUAGAAAGGGAGUUGACUGUAAUAGUGAUAAUAUUUUUUCCUCAAGAAACAAAAUUUUAUCUAACAUAUAUUCUUCAUUAUCAACAGGUACUUCUGCCAUAGUAGCUACAUCUACCCUCUUUGUCACAAAAAAGCCUACAAUCCUCAACAAUACAUAUGCUGCCAAAACAACUUUUACUCUCGGCCAGGACGACUAUACGCUCGGUGCUGUGCCACUAAAGCUUACGACUCUUCCGGAAGCUUCUGUCAUAAGGGUGUCAUUAUCCCCAAAUGCAACAAACAUGUUUACAAUCCCGAUCACUUCAUAUGUUGCGGUGGAAUGGUGUGUCCUCAAUACGGAGCAAAGCAGGGCAAGUGCUGUGGAAUUAAGAGCUACGAUUCACGCUCCUACUUCUGCUACGGAAAUAAAAUCUACAAAAAGUGCGGAGGAAACCCUUACAACCUCCAGAAAUCCUUCUGUUGUAACAAUGCGGUUAUUUCUCGCAGUGGCUACGGUAACUAUGCAGGCUGUUGCCAUAGCAGUGUGUAUGAUUCACGCUCCCAGUUUUGUUUCAACAGUAAGGUGUACAAAAAGUGCGGUAAGUCCCCUUAUGACCCUACAAAGUACCUUUGCUGCGCAAACCACGUUGCUCCAAAAGUCGGCGGAAGUUACACCGCAUGCUGUCUGGGCAGGAGCUAUGACUCAAAGCGAUACUUCUGUCACGGCAGUAAAAUCAUUCCUUUAUGUGGGAAGAAGAGUUAUAGCCCCGUCAGCGACAUCUGUUGUCAUGGCGUCCUUGUUAAACGAAUCGGAGGCAAAUACGCAAGUUGUUGUGCUACCAAGUGCUAUAGUCGAUUGUCGUCGUUUUGCUAUGGUAAAAAAAUUUACAGGUAAGCCCUUGAUAAGCUUAUUCAGUCCUGAUUCCUUUGAAAACAUAAUCAGUGCUUUUUUUAACUUUAAGAUCGCACGGACCAGUCGCAAUUGACUGAGUCUAAGCAUAUGCCAAAAACGGCAUCCAACUGACAUGGUUUCGAACGAAUGACUGGUUGAUACUUGUUGAAUAAGAAAAGUAAAAGAUAUUUUUUCGUGAAAGAAAGUAUUUAUAUUAAAAGAGGUCGACUUACAAUACCAUGGUAUACCUACCAUUCACUGACCAUUUAUCUGGGAAAACUGUAGUAAACCGAAACUUGGUUUCUACAAUGAUAUAAUUUCUCGACCCUUCUACUGUCUUAUUCUAUCAAUUGCUAUUAUCCGGUUUUGCUUCUAUCAGUUAAUAUUAGCUGUGACACUCGUGUAUAUUCUAAAAUCUGUGUUUGGACCUCUGAAGAAACUAACAAACUCUUUUUCUUGACUAGCCUGUGCGGUAAAAGAUCUUAUAACCCCAUCCGUCAACAUUGCUGCCUGGCUAAGGCCAUUCCUCGAGUGGGUGGCUACAACGCGAAGUGUUGUGGGGCACAUAGCUACAAUUCUGCAUCCUUCUUUUGCCACGGUAGCCACGUUUACCAAAAGUGCAAAGCCAGCGACUACAAUCCCACUACUCAACUCUGCUGUAACAACUACUUGGUAUCCCGGCUGGGUGGAGCUGCUGCUCGAUGCUGCUCAAGGUAUAGCUACAACUCAUUGACCCAUUUCUGUCAUUCUGGUAAAGUGUACGCGCUCUGCAGUAAGACAGAAUACAAUCCUUACAGUUUCAUGUGCUGUAACGGAUACGUUACGUCACGUGUCGGGGGAAGAAAUGCCAAAUGUUGCGGAAAACUGAGCUACGAUGAUACCAAGUAUUUCUGCCUCAAGUCUAUCGUUUACUCUCUCUGUGGAGGAAAGAUCUACGACCCAAAAAACACUCUCUGUUGUCUUGGGACACAACAGAAACGCGUUGGAGGGCUCAACUCCAAGUGCUGUGGUAAGGUCUCGUACAACUCCCUUGUGAACUUCUGCUACAAUAACGUCAUCUACGGCCGGUGUCAAAAGCACUCGUACAACCCGGACACUCAUCAGUGUUGUACCUCACUCCUUGUGGAGCGAGCUGGUUCCAACUCACGCUGCUGUGGACAGAAGAGUUAUCACCCCGACAAGUUCUUCUGCAAAAACAAUAGACUCUACGCUCUUUGCGCCCACAGCUCAUACAACCCACUGGGGGAUCUUUGCUGUUCUGGCAGUUCUAUUCCACUUGGUAGUGUUCCCCUCAAGUUCGCCAGCUGUUGCGCUAAGAAAGUCUACAGCACACACUACUAUUUCUGUUACCGCGAUGUUGUUUACGACAAAUGUGGGGGUCAGUCUUAUGAUCCUCACAGUCAGUCGUGCUGUAACAAUAAGGUGUUACAUUUGGUUGGCGGUAGGAAUUCACGCUGCUGUGGAUCAGUGAACUAUGAUUCCAAUGACUACUUCUGCCACAAUAACAAAACAGUUAUACACAAAUGCACAGGAAAAGUAUACAAUCCUGCCAGGUAAGAAUAAUUUGUACAAAAACCAUAAAAGGUGUAGAUAAAACUUCUGAACCAUGGUCUAUGGCUGGUGCAUGCAUGUUUCGUUAGCCUCUAUUGAUAAAUGAUUGACUUUUUCCCUACGUUACUGCUUCCUGCCCAAAACGGCCACCUUGGGGACAGAAGAAAGUGGCCAUUGUAGAGAGGUUUAACCAAGAUUCAAUAUAUGAACUGUCCAGCAAAAAAGAGGCUUUUGUGGAGAGGUGACCGGUAGUGGAAGUUCGACUGAAGUAGGUUUUCAAGAUUAAAAAAAAAGAAAGAUAAAUAUGUUUUAGAGGUUUCUUAGACCAGAUCUAGGCGUAAGGGAUUGUUCAAUAGGCAAUCAGAAGAAAUGGUUAAGUGCAAGUCUUUGUCAAGACUUCAUUGUUACUCCUUUUUGGUUCACAAAGAAGCACGAUACCUCUAGGCUCCAGGGCUCUGGACCUCUAACUGGAGCCCUGCAGAGUUCGUUCAAAACUUGUAGCAUUUAGACAAUUGUUAAUUGUUUUGAAUGUUCUAAACGCGCCAUUUCAAGGUUUUAUUCUAUUUCUGUUUUCUAGCCAACUAUGCUGUGGUGGCAAAAUCAUUCAAAGUUAUGGUCCUAGUUCCCAGUGCUGCGGCUAUCUGGCUUAUAACUCACAAACCUCGUUCUGCUAUGGGGGAUCAAUCUAUAAGAAGUGUCAAUAUAAAAGCUACGAUCCUGCCUCAUUUGUAUGUUGUGAUAAAACACUGGUAUUACGUCAUGGAGGGAACAACACGAGAUGCUGCGGUCAAAAGAGCUAUGACAGGUAAAUAGCAAGCCGAGUCUAAAUACGUGUUAUCGUUUGCCUUCAUCAGAAACUGUGUCUAUUCCACAGACAAGGAAGUUCCGAUCUCCAGAGUAGAGGAAUCAUGCUAUCUAAUACCGUAUAAGCCAUUUCAGGCAUGUUGAUAAAUGGCCUCUUAGAGCGAUGUGCUUUAUUUACUAUCCAGAUUUCUCGUCUUCAUGUUUUGCUAGACCAUUUUUUAUUGUGUGUUCUCGUCCAUCUUUCAUUUAUACUAUCAUAAUCAUCUUCGUUAGCAUCAUCAUUAUUAUGAUGGUCAUCUAUAUUAUCUGCAGUUACAAUGCAAAAAUGCGAACCGUUAGAGAAUCUAAAUUAUACUGAAUAUUCUUUACUCACUGGUUUCUCUUUAUUUUACAGCCGUUAUUUCUUCUGUCAUAACAAAGCAGUGGUUCAUCUGUGUGGCGGUCUUCCCUAUAAUCCUGUCAAAUCGACUUGCUGUGCUGGUAAACUGGCUGCCUACGGUGUCGUCCCCUUAUCAUAUGCAAAGUGCUGCUCCAGCAACCUUUACAACGGCAACACUCAAUUCUGCUAUGGCGCCAAGAUUUACCAGAAAUGUGGUGCACUUUCGUAUUCGCCAGAUGAUUCGCAGUGCUGUAAUGGCACCGUGGUUCUAAAGAAAGGAGGAAAUAACUCUAAGUGCUGCUUGAAGGAAAGCUACGAUUCCGGCUCUCACUUCUGUUACAGCGGAAAGAUAAUUCCUAAAUGCGGUGGCGCCCCUUACGUACAUGCAUCACACAUGUGCUGUGAUGGAACAGUCCAGGCCCGGAAAGGCGGCCUUCACGCCCAGUGCUGCUUGACCCAAAGCUAUGAUAAUUCCAAGUCUUUCUGCAACGGUGGCAAGAUACAUCCGCGUUGUGGUGGACUUGAUUACAACCCUGUAUCCUUCAUCUGCUGUGGAAAAAAGCCGGUAACCAGAGAUGGAGAGCAAUUUGCAAAGUGCUGUGCAACAAAAAGCUACGAUUCCCGUUACUACUUCUGCGAGCAAGGCAAGAUUUACAACCUGUGCAACAAGAACAGGUACAAUAUCACCAAAUUCACCUGCUGUGACAACAAGCUAAAUCCCCUUUACGGAGGAGUGCGUACAGAAUGUUGCGGCAAGAACGCUUAUGCCAGCCAAAAAUUCUUCUGCACCGGUGGAAAGAUAGUACCACUGUGUAAUGGCAAACUGUACGACUUGAAUACCGAGAAGUGUUGUGCUAACACAUUGGUUCCAAAACAAGGGGGACAAAACGCAAAGUGCUGUGGCAAGGAAAGCUAUGACUCCACCAAAUAUUUCUGCAACAACUCCACUGUCACCUUAUUAUGUGGUGGCUUAAAGCCUUACAACCCUGCCAAUGCCUUGUGUUGCAACGGAUCAGUGCAGCUACGUGUUGGCGGCAAAGAUUCAGCAUGCUGUGGCCAUUCGCCAUACAACUCCAAGACGCAUUUCUGUAGCCACAACCAGAUUUAUAAAUUCUGUGCUGGUGUGCCUUACGAUCCUUAUACAGGCAUUUGCUGCGGAUCAAAACUCAACCCAAGACCUUAUGGCGCUGUACUCAAAUGCUGCGCAGAUGGUGCCUAUGAUCCAACUAUCUUCACCUGUUUGUGGGGAAAGAAAAUUGUACCAAACUACGAGAAGUCUGCAUAUUAG